CUAAACAAAUAAGAUAUUAUGAGCCUCUUGGCUUGUUGGUCAAAAAGUUGUAGCCACAGAUUCGCCACAAAAGAAACACUGCAGAACGGCCUUGGAAAUUGACUUUUUUUUCGUCAACCAAACGAAUGCUAGGGGCAUGUCAGAAACAUCUCUUAAGAGAUCCCUUUCAGAGAACUUACAGUCCGUAGGCGGACAAAAUAUAACUGAUGCCAUACGAAAUAUUCUGGUAAUCAACUGUGUAGUGAAUAUUCCCCUGGCUUCAACAUCAAUGGUCGGGAACGCGUUGGUGUUAUAUGGAGUAUGGAAAACUCCAACUCUUCGCUCGCCAUCUAUUAUCUUACUUUGUGGUUUGGCACUCUCCGAUCUAGCUGUUGGCAUCGUAGUACAACCACUUUUUAUCGUCAAUAAUUUUCUUCGGGCAUACUCUCAAUCCCAAAUUGUAAAAGACGUCUUUUCGAGCGUCUACAACACGUUUGGGUACACUUUAUGUGGAAUCUCUCUCUGCACAGUAGCUGUUAUAAGCCUAGACAGACUGAUUGCUAUUGAGAAGGCCCUUGAGUAUCCUGGUCUUGUUACGGUCCCUCGGGCAACGCGUGUUCUUGUAAUUAUCUGGGUAAUGUGUGUUCUUUUGCCAGUCUUGCAGCUAAGUAGCUUGUACAUUCGAGUGAGAGGUAUUGGAAUCGUUACAGCCAUUUGUCUUGGAGUUUCCACCACCUCCCAUCUGUUGAUUUACAGAUCGGUUCGGUACCAUCAACACAGGAUCCAGAGUCAGGUCCGAGCGGUUGGAAAUAAUACGAAUGGCAGUUUGGACAACAUGUUGAAGUUUAAAAAAUCAGCGCUCAAUUCUUUUAUUUUGUUUCUUGUACUUUUUAUCUGCUAUUUCCCAUAUUUUGUUGUUUACGCCGUAUCGUCGCCAUACACGAUCACUGGCUUCCUAGCAAGAGGACUUACUUCAACAAUCGUGUUCAUAAACUCUGUGGUAAAUCCCUUUCUUUACUGUUGGCGACUGGGCGAAAUUCGAGAGGCUAUGAAACAGACUGUCUUCAACUUUGGCUUUUGCAAAUUUUCCAUUGUGCUCUUUACAAACGAACGACGAUGAGAAACCAAGGUUAUCACUGAAAAAAACAUUCAGCAUGAGUCCAGAAUGGGCAACCUUUAGAAUUCACCUCAAUUCAAGCAUUGAGUUGAUAUAGUCUAAGAAGUAAAAUAAUAGUGCGAAAAUUGAAAUAGGAGGGUCCAUACAAACACGAGAGACUUCAAAAAAGUCAAGCCAACCCUGGUUUGUUGCAAGGACGACUGAAAGCCAACUAUCAUCACCCUCCGCCCUGCCUGGUAUAGAAAAGAAAAAUCCAACACAAGGUUGGAUUUAUGAGAAGUAGCCACCGCAUAAUUAAAAAAAAUACUGGCUUUUUUUUUUUCACCGAGGAUAGGUAAAACGAGGAAAAUAUUUUAGGAUGGGAGGGAUCCGAAAAUUACCAAGUUAAUUGAAGAUAAUAUAUCAGUCUUUAUGGUAUCAGUUUCACAGGGAAAAUAACGUUUAAAUACUUUAAUUCAGUGUCACUUGGGCAUACUUUCCCAUAUGCGCUUCCGCAACGAAGGAAACAUUGCAGGGACCACUCAGGUUUGCGCCUCCUACAGAAAUAACCAGACUCGAUGAUUGAGGGGUUGGAUUGGAUCAAGGCUAAUCGGCUAACGGCUACACUUUCAACUUCAACGUUCUGAAAAAGGUUUAUAAAGACCAAAACGAGAUGCGUUUCAUGGUGCUCUACAAAUAAACCUAUUUUGUGUGAUGUGCGCAUAAUAUGUGAACAUUAGGCAACACAACCUCAUGGUUGAGUCUAUGAAAUUUUGAUUACACGAACAAUAGAUGGCAUGUUAUGUAAAUUAUCAAGAAAACUGGAACUCAUCUUCACUUUGUGAUACUUGUCUCACUUUGGAAUAUCCGCCGUACUUUUUUAAUACCUCUUGCACUUUUCAUUAUCACUUAACGCACUUUGCGACAAAAAGGCUGUUGCACUUUGUAAUAACAGAUCAUCGCACGGUGUUGCACGUUGUAGCGACGAUUAUCGCACUUUGUUAUAAAAUUAGUGUAGAUGUUCGUAGGGUGACGAAAACAAAACCAAAACAAGCCGUCAUCCAUGUCAAUAACGACAGUAACAACAAAGAAUAUGAAAGAGAUUUUCGCAGUAAUGAACACUACUUAAGCAGCAGUGAAAAGAAGGCCUGAAAAAUUCAGGUCUGUACGAGAUUUGAAACCAUGACCUAUAGUGAUGUUUAUAUCGACGAGAACGUUAAUGAUGAUACUGAUGAUAAUAAU